GAACUGUGUAUGAGCCCUGACUGGCCUGAACAACAGCUCAAUAUCACCAAACGUGUGCUACUGACCUCAUUUCACUCCAGUUGGUUAUAUAUCAGUUGAAGCUUCGGCAGACAUCUGGGAACAGAGAGGCGAAGAGGGAUCCUACUCACCAGCUCCAUAUUUAAACUACGUCUGUGGCGGACUAGUGGGCGGGGCUUUCUGCACUACGUCAUAUCAGCCGCCGCGCUGUGAUUGGCCGCCGCUCCUCACCCGACACAGCUGUGAUUGUCUUCUGCGGAGGAAGCUGACUUCGGUGCGAGCUGAGUGUCUCUUAACCGUAGAGUAGUCAACAAUGGUGCUCCAGCGUUGAGUUACUGACCCAAACAAAGAAGCUCAGCUCAGCACCGGAUGAUCAGAAGACAUCAGUGCAUCGAGAUCCAAAGUGCCAAAUGUCCAGAUUAGAUGACCACUGCUGGAGCUGUUCCUGUGCAUCGAGGGUGGAUACACGCGAGCCGUCGUCGCCUGCUGCCAACUGGCUCAAAAAGCAAGAAAUGAUGUCGAUCAUCACCUCGGUGCUCACCAACGCCUACGGCUCCCUGCACGACGUCAGGAUCGCCAACCUCAUCCGCCGGGGUCUGGUCCUCUUCACCGUGGGGGCUUUCCUCGCCCUGGUCCUCAACUUGCUGCAAAUACAAAGGAACGUGACCCUCUUCCCCGAGGAGGUGAUGGCCACCUUGUUCUCGUCGGCCUGGUGGAUCCCACCGUGUUGUGGCACCGGUGCAGCUGUGAUCGGCUUGCUGUAUCCCUGCCUGGACAGUCAUUUGGGCGAGCCUCACAAGUUCAAGAGGGAGUGGGCCAGUGUGAUGCGCUGCAUCGCCGUCUUUGUGGGCAUCAACCACGCCAGUGUUAAGCUGGACUUUGACAACAAUGUUCAACUGUCAUUGACGUUGGCGGCUUUGUCCCUCGGCCUGUGGUGGACAUUUGACCGAUCAAGGAGCGGCUUCGGAUUGGGUGUAACAACAGCCUUUCUAGCCACUGCAUUCACCCAACUUCUUGUCUACAAUGGAGUCUACCAGUACACAUCACCAGAUUUCUUGUAUGUGCGCUCCUGGCUGCCAUGUAUAUUCUUCUCUGGAGGUGUUACUGUGGGAAACAUUGGACGACAGCUUGCCAUGGGCUGUGUUGAGAAACCUCACAAUGACUAAGUGCUGAUGCGGCAACCUGAAGAGCCAACGUAGAAAGAACGGAGAGACGAAGGGAAAUUGUUCUUCAUACUUCUCCCAAAGUGCUGGUCCGAAAAGCCCCAUGUCUAGCGUGCCAUGUUCUCAGCACGGUGGCCAUACCGCCCCUCCCUUCUUCUGUCGUCCAUGAACACUGCAUUCACAAGAGACAGGAACAGUGUUUGCCUUUUCCUUGAUGUAAAGUUCCUCACGACGCAUCUCCUUAAAGUAUAAGCUAUAAAGUUGUCUGUUGUAGUGACGGCUUUGGACUCGCUAGAACAUCACCAUAAAGGGAAAACAUGAGAAACUGUCUGGGGCCGGAAGCGAUGAAUGUUCCCGAGUGAAUACCAAAUUUAGUAUUUAUUUGCGCUGAAUGAUCGGAACCCAAAGUGCAGAAUACCAGAAGCACCUUUUGCUGUGGAGGUUAGCUGGUAAAUGCUUAGGAAACACGCCUGGGAGUGCCAAUUUAGUCCGCAAGCGUUGAAAAUGUUGCUGUCAUUGGGGAUAGAAAGUAGGAGGUUAAAUACUUCAUUAAGGCGAAGAACAGCGUGAAAGUUUUGUUUUCUUAAAUAACCAGCAAUUAGUGUACUACUUUUUUUUUUUUUUUUGGAGCAACGCCGCCAAUACAAAUGGAGUAUUGAACCGAAUGUACUCGAGGGAAGAUCGUUUUGCUGUUAAAAAAUGUUCCGGGUUAAAUGUCUUUUGGAAUGUGUUGUAAAGGUGAACAGUUCAUGUGAGCUGGUUCAAGAUCGUGUGAGGAGGAGAAGAAGAGCGAGACAUUUUCACUUCAGCCAUGAAGAUUUGCAAUCUGUGAUUGCCUGUGUAUUUUAUAAUUUAGUGCUUUUGCCACUAUAACAGUCUGUUUGUACAAAUAUGUUGACAUUAUUGUUUGUAAGUGUGAUGUAAUCAGACAGGUAUCGUUGUACCAGAGUUACAGUCCAUCGACAUGAAGUGCAAUCAGAGAUGAAGCGAGCGGACGACUCUUUAUUUAUUUCUCUUGUUUCUGACAACGGCUUAAAAAUGACUCAAAAAGGUUGCCAAGAAGCAAUAACUUCUCAGAGCCAGCAGAGGCGACGACGUUGAUUCUCCGCUCACCGAUGGUGUCAAAUUUGAUUCAGUAGCAUUAUCGAAGAGAAAAAAAAAAAACCUCAUUUGUUCCUUUUAAUUUCUGUUGCAGAUCAAAGCUGCUCAUAUUCAGGUUUGUUGAAGACAAGGAAGCUUUACUUUGUUUCUCUUUUUAAAUUUUCUUGUGACUGAUAUUCAGCUGUGUAUCACUUCAGUUAACGACAUUAAGCGAAAAAUAAAAUGCCUGAUUAAGAAGG